CAUCUCUCCUUUUUGCAUCUUUCUCCCUGUUAGAUUUUUAUUCUCGUUUAUUCAGUGUAUUGUUUCUUAUAUAACUCUGUGUAUAGAAGUGAAUGGCCUAUAAUAUGGCUUUGAAAUUGAGAUCGCCGGAGAAGAGAGCACUUUGGAGCGUGACUGUCCCUUUGGAAGAACUUAACUAGCACGCACUUCAUCGUCGAAGGCUUUCUUUCCCGGAGUAACUACUGAUACUUCCUCUGUUUUUGUCGGCUAUGGAAAUCCUUGUUAGACGCUUAGCUUCUACCGAUGUUGCUCGGUGCUUGUCUACUUCACUCACCCGUUCCGCUUCUAAUUUUCGAACUCGAUUUCCUUCUCAGAUCGGUAGCCUUUGUAGUUUUUCCCACUUCUCCGUCACCUCUGUAGAAGGUGAUGCUGCAGUAAAUUGCCUCGGAUUUCGGACAUGGCACAAUGGGGGUGGGACUUUCCACCACUCCGCUUGCAUUGAACCAACAGCAGUUAUCGAGGUCGGUGCCGUGGUUCACGCGAAAUCUGUCGUUGGCGCAAGUGUGCAUAUUGGAUCAGGAUCUGUUAUUGGACAUGCUGUUACAAUUGGUCAAUCAACAAAGAUCGGGUUCAAUGUUGCACUUAGUAAUUGCACCGUAGGUGAUUUUUGCGUUAUCCACAAUGGAGUAUGCAUUGGUCAAGAUGGAUUUGGAUUUUUUGUGAAUGAGCACGGGACUAUGAAAAAGAAACCUCAAAUGCUGAAUGUCAAGAUAGGAACGAAUGUAGAGAUUGGUUCCAAUACAUGCAUUGACAGAGGAAGCUGGAGAGAUACUGUCAUAGGCAAUAACACAAAAAUUGACAAUUUGGUUCAGAUCGGUCAUAAUGUAAUCAUUGGAGAUUGCUGCAUGCUUUGUGGACAAGUGGGAAUUGCAGGCUCCGUGACGAUAGGGGAUUAUGUAACGUUGGGAGGGAGAGUAGCUAUCCGUGAUCACGUAUCAGUUGGAUCAAAAGUCCGGCUUGCUGCCCUGAGUUGUGUCACCAAAGACAUCAAGGAACCUGGGGAUUAUGGUGGCUUUCCUGCUAUACCAAUUUCUGCAUGGAGAAGGCAAGUCGCUAAGCAUUCUCAGGCAUCGAGGAAGAAAUGAAACUAGAAAACUUCAAGCUUCUUUCAUCUGUUAUUGACUGAUAUCAUAUGAGUUUGGAGUUAUACGUCAUGCAAGAGUGGAAAAGAAUUUUCACAACUGGAACAUACUAGAAGAACCACCCACACCAAUUACAGAUUUUCUUGCACAAUUCAAAAUAACAGGUAAACAUACUAAUUCCAAAGAGGUUCAUGGGUUACAAAUUUUCUGUAGGUAGGAUUAGAUUCAUGAGAGCUUCUACUGUAGAGCUCUUCCAUCUCUCCGUAAAUUUCAACUUCCCACCGAGGUUCGUGGAUCUGUCAUCAUCAAUCAUUCAAUCUUCUGUGGAUACUCUCUAACUGGAAUCAAGAUCUGUAAUAUAUUGAGAUGUAAUGGAAUAACUACAAGAUAAUGACAUUUGGAACCUCCUCUUGAGUGUACACACCCAAGCCCUAGAUCACUCCACAAAAUAGCCUCCAUCACUCACACACCCUCCUAUUUAUAACGGCACGCAGUGACUAACUUCCAAUCUACUUAUACCCUUUACUAAUACUAUACUAAUAUACUUAUUUUGGUGUCUUAUAUCUUUCUACACAAAAAACAAAAAACAAAGAAAUUGGAAAAGUAUAGUUUUCCUGCUUCCUAUAGUGA